UGGCGGCGUUCACUUCAGUCGGGUGUAAAAUGAACUUGGAAGAGGUUUUCAUACGCCACCCGCUGUUGGCUGCCCGUGGACGCGAUGUGCGGCGAGCCAUCAGAUACGUGGAGCGGCAGUCCCACUUGAUAGAGCUGAACUGUGGGCUUAUCAACAUGGUGUCAAACUUGCAAUUUUUCGGGGAGCAGCCUUUUGUCCUCAUUUUCGAUGAGUUUCAUUUCAGGCACGUACCCAACGUGCUCCUCAGCCGCUGGAAGUCUUUGGCCAUUGCAGCUGCAAAUAUGGACGGCACAAAAUUCAAGUUUCUGUACCUGCAGGUGGUCCCUACAGACGUGCACGUUUUGGGCAGCAAUGAGAUAUAUGAAGGACUAAAAGUCGUAGUCACUUCAAUUCUCAACCUGGGCUUGGCCCAAAAUGUGUGCGGCGUAAUAUCGGACAGGUGCAGGGCCAAUUUGAAGUCGCUGCAGUAUGUCGCAAACUAUUUCCCGGUCCUGUGGGACGAGGUCCAUAUGAAGAAGAAAUUGGUCGCGCGGUAUAAAGAUACGGUGGAUAGAUUAGGCAAAAUCUACGGAAGCACCUUUGACCGAAACACAUGGAAACAGAAGUUUUCAGAAAUAACCAGCAGCACGCCCAAUGAACUAGAGGAGUUUAAUUCAAACGAGGUUUUAAACUUAAAAAAGCUAUUGGCGCUGAACUUCGCGAAAUCGUCUACACCUCUUAACUUGAGCAGAGUCAAUAGCUCCGAUCUCGAGCUGCGUGGAUUCAUCCUCACCUCCCAUGUGUACGAUAUUCUUAAAUUUAUCCACGUUACAGAUGCGGAUAAAUUCACCGACAUACGGGCUGCAAUACAAUAUUUUUCCCGCGUGGUAGGCAUUGUAACCGUUAUAUAUAAUUAG